ACGUUUUAUCCAUCGGUCAAAUAUCAAAUUGUUUUGAGAAUCACAGCUUUGAAAGAAAGGAAUCAGAGAAAAAAUGGCGGAAGAGGGUCAAGUGAUUAGCUGCCACACCGUUGAAGCUUGGAACGAGCAUCUCCAGAAGGAAAACGAGUCCAAGAAACUGGUGGUGGUGGAUUUCACGGCUUCAUGGUGUGGACCAUGCCGUUUCAUUGCCCCAAUUCUGGCAGAUUUUGCUAAGAGGAUGCCCAAUGUCACAUUCCUGAAGGUUGAUGUGGAUGAAUUGAAGUCUGUGGCUGAGGAUUGGGCUGUGGAGGCCAUGCCAACCUUUGUGUUCCUCAAAGAAGGCAAAUUAGUGGACAAGGUUGUGGGUGCAAAGAAAGAGGAGUUGGAGCGGACUAUAGCAAAGCAUGCCAUUGCUUCUGCUUCUGCUUGAUUUGUAAUGUAGAGGAUAUAUGAACCUCAAUACUAAUUUGUAGUUUGUUCUUGUUGGGCGAACAAAGUGUGGUUAUGGGUCUUGUGGAAGAUCCGCAGUAUGUGUGCGUAGGCUGCGUAGCUCACAUAUAUGUGCUUGUCUGUUGGGCUACAUGUUACUCAUUUCCCUUAUUGGUUUAAGAGAUUUGAAGUAAUCUAGGAUGCUUUUGGUGCAA